AGGAAGCGGGGCUGGGGACGAGGCUGCAGCAGCCGGCCCGCGGCCUCUGGCGGAGCUUCGUCCUCGGUUCCGGGUGCCGGGCGUUGGCGUGGCUUUGCCGGGCCGUCUCCCACCGGAGAGCCGGCGUUGUUUCCGGGGGGAGCCACCCCGUUGCUCGAGUUCCUUCGUAGUAGAAACAAACGCGUGAGGAAGACCGUGAGGGUCGCAACAGGACCGUUUCGAGCACGGUUGUUUACGCGAGUCUGACAGGCUAAAACUGACGCGUUGUGAGCACUGACUAAUGCAGGACGGAGCUGUAGCCGGUACACCGAAUUGUAUGAUGCUGUUCCAAUCCAAUCUAGCGUGGUGUUAUGCUCCUGUUCAUCCCCAUCAAUGGUGAGGAACCAAGCAGAUUCCAGCACUCCAUCUGUCAUUUCCACCUGUGGCAGCAGACAGGGAUCUAACAUGGAGGGCACUGCAGCUGAAUCGAGAUCCAGUUCAAAUUCCUUGCAGCAACACACAGGACAGCAGCCUCCACAGCCUCGAAAGAAACGACCUGAUGACUUCAAAUUUGGGAAAAUUCUGGGUGAAGGAUCUUUUUCAACGGUUGUCUUGGCUCGAGAAUUGUCAAGUUCUAGGGAAUAUGCCAUUAAAAUUCUAGAGAAACGUCAUAUCAUAAAAGAAAACAAGGUGCCAUAUGUGACACGGGAGAGAGAUGUAAUGUCCCGCCUGGAUCACCCUUUUUUUGUGAAACUCUACUUCACCUUUCAGGACGAUGAAAAGCUGUAUUUUGGGCUUAGCUAUGCCAAAAAUGGAGAGCUGCUAAAGUAUAUACGCAAAAUUGGCUCAUUUGACGAGACCUGCACCAGGUUCUAUACUGCUGAGAUUGUAUCAGCUCUGGAGUAUUUGCAUGGGAAAGGAAUAAUUCACAGGGACCUCAAGCCGGAGAACAUCUUACUAAAUGAAGAUAUGCACAUUCAAAUAACAGACUUUGGAACAGCAAAAGUAUUAUCUGCAGAUAGCAGACAAGCACGGGCAAACUCAUUUGUAGGGACAGCACAGUAUGUUUCUCCAGAACUGCUGACAGAGAAAUCUGCUUGCAAAAGCUCUGACCUCUGGGCUCUGGGAUGUAUAAUAUAUCAGCUUGUAGCUGGAUUGCCUCCAUUUAGAGCUGGAAAUGAGUAUCUUAUAUUCCAGAAGAUAAUAAAGUUGGAAUAUGACUUUCCAGAAAAAUUUUUUCCCAAGGCAAAAGACCUUGUUGAAAAGCUAUUGGUUCUAGACGCCACCAACAGAUUAGGUUGUGAAGAAAUGGGAGGAUAUGGACCUCUUAAGGCUCAUCCCUUCUUUGAAUCUAUUGUGUGGGAGAAUCUGCAUCUUCAGACACCCCCAAAACUUACAGCAUAUUUACCUGCUAUGUCAGAGGAUGAUGAAGACUGUUACGGAAAUUAUGACAAUCUCCUGAGUCAGUUUGGUUGCAUGCAAGUUUCUGGUUCUGCCUCUUCCCAUUCACUGUCUGUCCCAGAGACAAGUACACCACAGACGUCAGGAGGAAACAUUGAACAGUACAUUCAUGAUCUUGACAACAAUUCCUUUGAGCUGGACUUACAGUUUUCUGAAGAUGAAAAGAGGUUACUUCUAGCAAAACAAGCUGGUGGAAAUCCUUGGCAUCAGUUUGUAGAGAAUAAUUUAAUCCUAAAAAUGGGUCCAGUGGACAAAAGAAAGGGAUUGUUUGCACGACGGCGCCAGUUGCUGCUCACAGAAGGGCCCCACUUGUAUUAUGUGGAUCCUGUCAACAAGGUUCUAAAAGGAGAAAUUCCAUGGUCUUUAGAGUUGCGGCCAGAAGCUAAGAAUUUUAAGACCUUUUUUGUUCACACGCCAAACAGGACGUACUACCUGAUGGACCCGAGUGGGAAUGCUCAUAAAUGGUGCAAAAAGAUACAUGAAGUUUGGCGGCACAGAUACCACCAGAAUGCUGCUAAAUAGUAAAGCUUAUCCAAAACUU